CCACAGGAACGAAUGACUGCUGUUCGGGACACAUGAUCACACUUCACACAGUUUGAGUCUGAAUCAAGGAUCAGAAACAUGCACUGACGAAAGGCAAUACACACCCCAGACGACUGCAGCAUCUGAGAGACCCUGGAGAUGGAGCUUCUCCCCCUGAGUGUGAUGAGUCCCGGAGCGCCCCUUCGUCUGCAAGCAGACCCUUUGUGGCUCCAGCGCCAAGCUGUGGAGGAGCAGGUGGAGCUGUGGUGGUUCAACGAGCCGCACGUGUCUCUCCUGUGCUACUGUUUUUCAGUGGCCAUGGUUCUGAGCCUGGGCUUAGCCGGCGUGGGGCUCCUCUCGACCGCCUCCUCCGCCGCGGGGCCCUCGGUGCUGUGGCGCUUGGGCGUAGGUUCCACUCUCUGUCUCCUGGCACUGGUGGUCCUCAUGAAGCAGCUGCUCAGCUCUGCAGUGCAAGACAUGGGCUGCAUACGCAGCCGCAGGCGCAUCGAGCAGCUGCGCAGUGGAGGAACGGUGGAUCCCGUGCUGUUGCUCUUCACUGGUUUGGCACUGGUGGUGUGUGGGACUACACUGCUCAGUCUCACUCAGCUGGACAUGCUGCUCUCUGGCGUGACCCUCCUGGCCAGUGGGGGCGCUGUGGUCCUAGGUGUGAUGGCGUAUGGUGUGAUGGUUUAUGUGCAAGGAAGGAGAAACAUGAGAAGGCGAAGACGACGAAGGGUGAGAGUGUAUACAGUGACGAGGCAAAGGAACCGACCAUGGAGGGAUUCAACUUCCAGUCAGUCGAAUUUGUUGUGAAAGAAGAACCGAGAAUUCCAUUUGUCUCUAGUUCCUACAUGAUAUUAAGACCUAUUUGCACAAACUGGUGUGUAAAACACAAUAAAGGAGCUUCAGUGGUGUUUAUUUUACACUGUUGUACCUGCAGUUUGGCUAGAAGACAUCUUUAGUGACAAUCAGACGCCUCCAAAUCAAAUGCUUUCAUUGCCAUUUUACGUAUCGUCUUAUGUGCACCAGGCGAUGGAACUUAUAGUUGGAAGUCAAAAUGAUCAAGUAGGAAUAUUCCAUAUGGAAAUUAAUCUUGAAUUGAAUACCUGGAUUUGCCAAAUUGCGCCUUGUACAACAAAGUUCACUCCUUUGAAUACCAUAUCCCAGAAUGCAGUGCGUUCAACUUCACCAUGCAUUUCAAAUCUGAUGAAUGAACAGAAACUUCUAGCACACUGGUAUCCAACUUACAGUUUUCUGUGGCAAAAAGUAAGCAUAGUAUGCUAUUCCAAAGUCAGACUGUCUUGACUUGAAGUGAAGUUGUUGACUUGAAGUCUCUUGUUCUACACAGCUGUCUACAGGUGGCGCCAAAAACUGGCAACAGUUAAUUCUAUACACAUUCCAGAGUAGUUAUUACACUAUAUGUUUUGAAUGACCAGUACAUUAAGUAUGCACAAUUUGCUAAAUAAAUCUAUGAUAGAGCUGCAUUAAAUGUAAGUGGUAUAUGUGUAAUGUAGUAAACUGUAAUGAGCUCUUCAUAACUGUAUUAAUUCACCUAAACUAAAAAAAUAAAUAAAAA